CGGUCAAGUUCACCGCGGCGGAGUGAGGAUGCGGUAGCCGAGGCCCCGCACAGCAUCGUCCCUCCUCAGCGGCGCUUCCCUCGGCUGCUCAGACGGGUUGGUCAGUCCGCGAACUUUGGGAUUUGCCUUGGUUUUUCCUUCUUUUUUUUCUUCGUCUUUUUCUUUCUUUUCUUUUUUUUUUUUUUUUUUUUUGGUGCCUUGGAUUGCCUCGGCGCACGGAAAGAAGACGCGGAGGAAAGAGAGAGAGGAGAAGAGAGCGAGAGAGAGAGAGAGGAGGAGGAGAGUGGAAACCCAGGAGAAGCCUCCAUGUUUCAGCUGCCCAUCCUGAAUUUCAGCCCCCAGCAGGUCGCCGGGGUCUGCGAGACUCUGGAGGAGAGCGGCGACGUCGAGCGCCUCGGCCGCUUCCUCUGGUCGCUGCCCGUCGCGCCGGCGGCCUGCGAGGUCCUCAACAAGAACGAGUCGGUGCUGAGGGCCCGGGCCGUGGUCGCUUUCCACACCGGCAAUUUCCGCGAACUCUACCACAUCCUGGAGAACCACAAGUUCACCAAAGAGUCGCACACGAAGCUGCAGGCGCUGUGGCUGGAAGCGCACUACCAGGAGGCUGAGAAGCUGCGGGGCCGCCCGCUGGGGCCCGUGGACAAAUACCGGGUCCGGAAGAAGUUCCCGCUGCCCAGAACCAUCUGGGACGGAGAGCAGAAGACCCACUGCUUCAAGGAGAGAACCCGGCACUUGUUGAGAGAGUGGUACCUGCAGGAUCCGUACCCGAACCCCAGUAAAAAGAGGGAGCUAGCUCAGGCUACUGGACUCACACCCACACAGGUGGGGAACUGGUUUAAGAACCGGAGACAAAGAGACAGAGCGGCGGCUGCGAAGAACAGGCUACAGCAGCAGGUUCUGUCCGGCGGCUCGGUUCGCUCCCUGGCGGAUGAGGACGGCACGGUGGACCGCUUGGGGAACUCGUCCAGCCCGGAGGCCAGCCUGUCCAGCAAGGCGGCCGCCUCUGCCAUCUCCAUCACCUCCAGCGACAGUGAAUGUGACAUCUGAGCAGCGCGAACUGACCGAGUAAAGGGGGAAAAGACAAUCUAAUAAAACAAGUAACAGUGCCUGCGUCGAGUUAAAACACACACACACACACACACACACACAUAUAUAUA